AUGGACCGUAUUCCCGAUACCGCAGUUAUUCUUGUCGUAGCCGACGAUGAUCCUAUGGAGAUGGACGAAGACGACGAGGAGUCGGUGCUUCCGACUAGUAAUGAUGAGUCGGUGGAUGAUGAUGAUGAUGAUUCGAUGCCUCCGACAAAUGACGAGGCUUGGGUGGCUCCGACUAAUGAUGAUGAGUCGGUCUACGAUGAUGAGUCGGUCGAUGAUGAUGAUGACGAUGACGACUGGGUGCCUCAGAAUAGUGACGAGGCUUGGGCUUAUUAUGAAGAUGUUGAGGAUGGGUCGGUGCCUGCAACUAAUGAGGAGGCUUGGGCUUGGUACUAUGAUGAGGCUAAUGAGGAGGCGGGUUGGGCUAUGCAGGACUCCAUGGACUACUAUGUCUUGAAGCUGGUACCAGCGAGUGAGUCAUCCAUUCAGGCGUUGGACAAACUGAAGUCUUCUCCUGAUGAUUUAUGCACCAUUUGUCUUGAAAACUUCUCUGAUGGUGACUUGAGUACUCGGAUGCCCUGCUCUCAUAUAUAUCACGAACACUGCAUCGUUCAGUGGCUCAACACGAAUCACUCCUGCCCAGUCUGUCGUUUCGAGAUGCCAACCAACUUAACUUGA